AUGCCGCCAACUCCGAAGCGCGCGUCCAGGCACGGUCGGUCGCGGUCAUCAAUGGCGUUCCUCUCGCUCUCCCCCUUUUCCUUCUCCCAAGCCUCCACGUCUGUCGCGAGUUCCCCUCUCGGGACUCAUCACGCGUCGGACGUAGGCUCUAGUGCCGCCAGCCCGCGCCUUUCAUCCGCUGACGUGGCAGCAGCCGGUUCUCUCGCCGGUCCUGCGGCUGCCACGUCAGCGUCGUCGGCGUCCCCCAGCCCGCGCUUGCUGGCGCCGCCGGACGGCCUACAGCCGUCCGCGUUAUUCGCUAAGAGCAGGCGCGCCAAAGGCAGCCAUUCUCGCAGCCGUAGCUUAUCCGAGCCUUUUUGGUUCCUCGGCCAAGCCUCAGGUUUGGACCUGAAAAGCCCGAGCCGGUUCAGGUUCGGGCCCAGGGCGUUUUCGGUGAGCGGAGGAGGCGGUGAGGGGGAGGGGGAGGGAGGAACAGUGGGUGCAGGUGCGUCAGGAGCAGGUCUUAGUGACACUGGGGGAUUCUCGUCAGGGGACGAUGCACUGAGUGGAAUGAGUCGGAGGGACGGGCGAAACCAAGAAAUAAGCAGCGCUGCGGGUACUACUGGGAGUUGGAGGAGAAGCCGCAGCAGAGGACGCGCAUUGAGUCCUAUCCGAUCCGAAAGCUUCGACCGCUCAAACGGUGACACGUGUCACUCCGCAAUUUCCGACCGUGUAUCUUUCUCCGCCAACGCCCUUCCGCCGCUCGCCAUUCCCGCUUCCACCAGCCUCGACGACACUCCGCAAGCCAGCCCCUUGCCCGGGGGGGGCGCGGGCGGAAGGCCCUCCCGCAUCCAGUCAUUUUCCCCGAAGUUUCUUCCGCCGAUUCCCGCGCGCGCUGCCGCAGGCGGAAGCGGAUUCAGUCCAUGCGGAAGCCCGCACUCUAGCAGGGGCGCGGGGAGCGCGACAGGAAGCGCGACAAAUAGUUGCGCGAAUAGUCCGCGGAUGCCUUUCAGUCCGCUGCGGUGGGCGGGACUAGGCGCGUUUGGGUUCCGCACGUCGUCUAGUCUGAAAGCGAGCAUGGGCGGGGGCAGGGGCGGGCUGGGGAGCGGAAGCGGGAGCGGGGGAGGGGAGGAUGAUCUACUUGUGAGUGAUGAGGGAGGGGUAACUGCGGGAAUCAACGGAGGGGUUGUGGGGGAAGGCGGGGGCGGGGGGCGGCGGGUGAGAAUUCAACCUGGGACCAGGGGAGGGGAAGGCGGAGGGAUAGGAGGAGAGGCAGGAGCGGGACGAAGGGAGCGAGCGCACAGGAGAUCGUUAUCUGUUGAUUUCGUGUCGCCUUUAUUCGCCCCUCUCAUGGCCGCGCGCAAUUCCUUCUCCCCAAGGCCGCCCCUCGUCCACCAAGGUGGUAACCCUCCUCCGCGCGCGCAUGUCUUCAUCUCCCCCUCCUCUUCCUCCGCGUCUCCUCGCCCCGCGCCCAGUUCGGCGGCUGCUGACUCAUCCCCUUCCCCUUCCUCCGGACGCCGCUCUUCGCAUUCCGCCCACGCUCUCCCCUCGCCGUCCGCCCACGCCCUCCCCUCGCCCUCCGCCCAUCCUCUCCCCUCACCCUCCGCCCACCCCCUCCCCUCUCCUUCCGCCUACCCACCCCCCUCGCCCGCUGCCCAUCCGCUCCCCUCGCCGUUCGCGCACUCGCGCCCGCCGCGCCCCGCCUCCCCGCUCCAGUCUUCCCCCCACCCUCGCUCCGCGGACUCUAUUCGCCUGCUUGAUUUUGGAAGAACCAGGGGGAGCGAGGCGUGUGGAAGAGAGAGAGACGGAUCGGGCACUGGCAGGGGCAGGUCCCGCGAGGGCAGCUUCAAGGAGUUUCUCAAGGGGCGGUUCAGCCCUCCGAGGGUUGAGUUACUGCCUGAUACUUGUAUGGUGGAUUCGGGUGUGUACGAACCGGGUCUGCUGGAUGGGCGUGGGGGAGUGGGCAGUGGGGAGGAGGACGAGGCUUCGUUGCUGCCGCUGUCGCCAACGGGUAUGCCCAUUGCUGCUCUCUCGCAGCAGCAUCAUUACCAGCAGCAUUAUGCGCAGCAGCAGCAGCAGCAGCAGCAGCAGCGGCAGAAGCAGCAGGAGCAGCAGUCUCGCCAGUCGCGAGACAAUCACUCUCGUGUGGGGUGUGGGAGGGCUGGGAACAGUGGUGAUACCGGCCCUGGUAUCACAGCGUUCUCCCUGCCCUCAACUCCCACAUCCCGGGAAACAACCUCUCUCACAGGAGGAGGCGGAGGGGAAGCAGCAGCAGCAGCAGCUGCAGGAGAAGGAGCGGGGGUAUCGGCUAAGGAGCAAGCGUUUCUCUCGUCCUCCCUGUCGUCGUUACAGACUCGAAAGCCCUGGGGCAUCAUCCCGCACACUUCCUCUGCUGAUGAUGCAGCCGGUGCAGCGGAGGAGGAAGACUCCAUCCCUCCCCUGCCCCACCUCUUGCAUCACCUGCUCCACCACUCAACCAGCAGUCCCUCCUCAGGCACAAGGGGAAAGUGUCCUGAUGAAGAGCCCGGGGGAACUGCUAGCGAUGGCUUGGCAGUAGCUGGCCGGGAUGCUGCAGCUGCCUCUGCUGGUACAGCCGCCCCAAGUGCUACAACUGCUCGGCUGUCGCCCCCCCUGACCCCCUCACCAGGAGAGAUGGAUAUUUCGGUUGACAGCCCUGCUGCCGGCCUUAGAGUGUCUGCAGGAGCGUCUUCAGGUACCGAUUCAGGUGCUGGCACUUCAGGUUCUGCAUCCACUGCUAGUGCAGGUGCUUUUGUAUCAGAUGGAGCUGUUUCAGGCUCUGCUAUGGAUGGUGCUCCUGUUUCAGGUGGCGAGUCAGCCCAGAGCCCACUAUCUUCCAACUCCCGCCACCGCCGGGCGGCGUCAGAAGCCCGCGAUUUCCUCAGCGAGCUGGGAGCGCGCCGCCCGGCCUUCAUGAACAGUGUCGCGAAGUGCGGCCUGCGGGCGGCACAGCAUGGCAGGAGUGCAUCUGUAGCGGUGCUUUCAGGGGUGGGAGGCAGGGGAAGCGUGGGGAUAGAGGUUGGGGUUUGUGGUGGUGAUGGUGGUGGUGGUGAUGUGGAUAGGAUGGGUGUUGAUUGUGAUAAAGCUGGUUGGGAGAAGUUUCCAAGAAACAGCAGCAGUGGGGGUGGUGGCAGGGGUGAGAAGGGCCAGAGGAGUCGGCUUGGGCGGCAUCGAUCGUCUGCUUCCUUGGAGAUGCCGCACCGGCCGUUCACUGCUGAGAGCUGGCAGCAUGUGGGGGAGGUGGAUCAGGGGCAGGAGCAGCAGCAGCCGUGGCAGCAGCAGCCACAGCAGCAGGAGUGGGAAGAACAGGAGGAGUGGGAGCGAGGGAGUGUGGGGUGGAGCAGGAGAGGAGCGGGUGUGGGAGUGUGUGAUGCAGAUGAUACCAGUCCGCAGGGGCGAGCAGAUGUGUGGGUGGCUGAGGAGGAGGAAGAGGAAGAGGAGGAAGAGGAGGGAGAGGGAGAGGGAGAGGGAGAGGGAGAGGAGGGGCAGGAAGAAAGGCUUGUUCUCAUGAACAUGGACAAUGAGCAGGAUGCGUCUGGGGGAGGUGCUUUCAGUGCUGUCAACCCCCCCCUCACUGCAUUCACUGGUCAGAGCCUGUUAAGCAGAGGCAGACGCCGGGGCCAUGCGCGCCCCUCCCCUGCCCGCCCUUCUUCUGCCUCCUCCUCCUCCUCGUCCUCUGCUGCAAGGGCGCAUGAUUCAUGGAAUGCGGCCCCGCUCCCUCUCUCCGCCGUCCCUGCUUCCACCCAUUCCGCCUCUGCUUACCAUGCAUCUGCUCUGCACUAUCGGAAGAAACACGCGCUCUCCCCCCGCUCCGCCUCCCAAGCGCCUGCACCCCAUCACCGAAACCCCCCCAACCCCUUCGCCUCCCGCCCCUCUGCCGCUGCUGCUGCGUCAACCCAUGACAGCUGGAACAGCUCUGCUCUCCCCCCCGCAUUUGCUAUGAGCCAGCCUUUCAACCCCCCCAACCCCUUCGCCUCCCGCCCCUCUGCCUCUGCCUCUGCUUCAACCCAUGACAGCUGGAACAGCUCUGCUCUUCCCUCCGCAUUUGCCAUGAGCCAACCCUUCCCCCCAUUAGCUCUCCGCUCCCCCCACGCCCUCCCCCACCACACCAACCAAUCCGCCUCCCGCCCCUCCGCCUCCCGCCCCUCUGCCUCUCCCUCUGUCGUCUCUGCCGCUGCUUCAACCCAUGAUAGUUGGAACAGCUCUGCUCUGCCACCCGCGUUUGCCAUGAGUCAACCUUUCAACCCCCCCAACCCCUUCGCCUCCCGCCCCUCCGCCUCCCGCCCCUCCGCCUCUUCCUCUGUCUCUGUCGCUGCUUCGACCCAUGACAGCUGGAACAGCUCUGCUCUGCCAUCCGCAUUUGCCAUGAGCCAACCCUUCCCCCUCCGCUCCCCCCACGCCCUCCCCCACCACACCAACCACUUCCCCCUCAGGUCCCCCCGCUUCCCCCUGCCCUCCCCUCGCCGCCCCUCCCCUCCCUCCCGCCCGCCUGCUGCUGCGCCCUCUCUCCUCCCCGUUUCCCCCCACAGCCGCUUCUCCACUUCCACCCCUCCAAACCCCCCUUCCCCUCAUUCCCCUCCAUCCCCCACUGCAGAUAACCCAGAAGGCCCAGUCCCUCCUUCACUCUCAUCCCGACCCAGCACUGCCCCUCACUCCUCCCCUCCCGCUGGCACACGCGACCGGCCUGCCCGCCUCCCAGGUCCCCGCCUGAGAAUCCACCUGACAGAACCUGACUCUGAUCUAGGUCCCGACUCACUCUCUCGCCUUACCCCAGGUUCUGCAUCCGCGUCAUUUGCUGCUUCUGGUGCAGGAAGGAGCAGCAGUGGGCGAUGGAACCACCUUCAGAGCCCACGUGUGCUGCCCAGCCUUCCGAGCUUGCUCAGCCCGCAUGUAGCAGCAAGCCCGCGCAUAGCAGCAAACAGCCCGCGCUUCGAUCGCCUACACGCCCUGCCACAUGCCAAGAAGUCGCCUCUCCCUAGAGACCUCGUCCCCGAUCCCUGGGACUCCCCCGACCACCCUUCUUCCGUCGACAACCGGGCAGUUUUACCCGUGCAUUCACACAACGCGGGUAAUUACCCCCAGCAAAAUCCAGGGGUACUUCCCUGGGAAGGGGACGGUGGGUAUCCAGCUGCUGGUCCAGCUUCAGAGGAGCAAGUGGGUAUCCACUCACAGUGGGAGUAUGGCAGACAAGAUGAACGCCCCCAGACAGCUCCGGACCGGAGCCUGCGCCGCCGAGGCAGCCGCAACAGGUUCGGGGAGAGCGCUAGGUUUGGUGGGGAGAGGCUGAGAGACUUGGAGGAGCAGGAGGAGUGGGGGGAGGACUGUGUGGAGGAGCAUGGGGAGAGGCUCGGGGAGAGGUUCGGGGAGAUGCUGGGGGAGAGGUAUGGGGGGAGGCUCGGAGGACAUGACAAGUACCAUAGGAGGGGAUACAAUGGCAGAUGGGCGAGCACAGGGUCCUUCCAGGAAAGGGGGGGUGCGGGGCUGCAUGGAAGGGAGGCAGGGGGGGUGGGAGGGUAUGGUGGAGAUGACAGGAGAAGAAGCAGUGGGGUGAGUGGUGGUGGUAUUGGUAAUGGUGGAAGCAACGCGGGAGAUUCCGAUGGGGAGGAGUGGUCAGAUGAGGAUGAUGCCAGAGCAGCAGGGGGUGGGACAGAAAGGGGAGGGGCUGGAAGAGUAGCAGGAGGAGGUGGAGGGGGAGGGGGAGGGGGAUUCCAAGCAGAGGGCGGGCUGAGAGGCACAGGGCUGGCAGGGAGGUAUACUGCAGCUGGCACGUCGCUCCUGAGGCGGCACAGUACCUCCAAUCGACGCCGCCCGGCCAUGCGCUCACUGGACGAGCACGAGGAAGAGGGCGGGACGGAGGUGGUGAGUACAACGACGAGGAUGAUGUAUGAGAAGGGGGGUGGCAGGCGGGAUGACAGAUGGGAUGACAGACGGGAUGACAGACGGGAUGACAGACGGGAUGACAGACGGGAUGACAGACAGGAUGACAGAUGGGAUGACAGACGGGAUGACAGACGGGAUGACAGACGGGAUGACAGACGGGAUGACAGACGGGAUGACAGACGGGAUGACAGACGGGAUGACAGACGGGAUGACAGACGGGAUGACAGACAGGAUGACAGACGGGAUGACAGACGGGAUGACAGACGGGAUGACAGACAGGAUGACAGAUGGGAUGACAAUUGGGACGAGUUGGCGCCACUUCCCCCCUGGAAGGAAGGACUAGGGGCGGAGAUAGGCUCUGGGCCUGGCCCUGUGUCUGGCAUGGGGUUAGGUCUGGGCAGACCGAUGGUUUCCAGGUGGGCAGGGGCAGGAGGGGGCGGAGGGAGGGAGUGCGGGAGCAGAACGGGGAGGGAUGGGGGAGGGGGCAGGGAUGGGGAGUGGCAGGGCAUGCCCGGCGUGUCCAUGUCUUGUGGGAGUGGGGCGGUCUGGACGGGAAGUGGCUUCAGUGGUGCACGCGGCGCUGCUUUUGAUGCCGCCCCUGCAUGGGCACCUGGAGGGGCACUUGGAGGGGCUGUUAGAGGCUCAGGUGUGUCUAGUGCACAAGUCAGGCAGAGGCCAGGUUCGGCAUCAGGUGUGAGGGGAAUGAGUGAGAGGGUGGAAGAGGGGAUUGUGGAGAGUCUGGAGAGUCGGGAGGAGGAGGAGAGUGAUGAUGGAGGUGGUAGUGUGGUGGAGUUUGAGGAUGAGAGUGAGGAAGAAGAGGAGAGUGAGGGGGAGGAGGAUGAGGAGGAAGAGGAGGAUGAGUCAGACGACGGAGAGGAGGACGAGGAGGAUGAAGAGGAUGAGUAA